GCUCCUAGUUCAACUAUUAAUUAAAUAUUUUUAUACUUAUUUUCUUAACAAUACAUUUGUUGCUAAAUAAUAGUGACCGCAAAAUUGUGGAUCAAGCACGCGAUAUUGCGUGAUAGGACAUUCAGCUUUGAUGAGAUUACACAAUUUCCAAAUUUCAGGACAGAAAAACGCGAAAAAGGAUGAAGAGAAGAAAGAUGAAGAAUUUAAAUGCCCUGAAGGCCAAGGUAACGGUAAUUUUGCAGAUCCAGCAACAUGCAGAAGGUUUUAUCAGUGCGUAGAUGGCUAUCCAUACCUAAACAGGUGUCCAUCAGGAUUACACUUUGAUGACAUCAGUAAAUUUUGUACUUUUAAAAAUGAAGCAAGAUGUGGUCCAAUUGCUACAACUCCAGCACCAGUAACUGAACCACCAACAGACUUAGCAGAAAAAUGUGAUACUGCUAAUUGCCAAUUACCAUACUGUUUUUGCUCUAGAGAUGGUACAAUAAUUCCUGGUGGUCUUCACCCGGAAGAUACACCACAAAUGAUAAUAAUGACAUUCGAUGGAGCAAUAAAUCACAACAAUUUUGAUCAUUACCAAAAAAUAUUUAACACCGAUCGAUUAAAUCCAAAUAACUGUCCGUUGAAAGGUACUUUCUUCAUUUCACAUGAAUAUUGUAAUUAUAACAUGGUUCAAAGUUUGGCGCACGAUGGACACGAAAUUGCAACUGAAACUAUAUCAUUGCAAAAAGGAUUAGAAGACAAAGGAUACGAAGAAUGGGUUGGUGAAAUGAUAGGAAUGCGGGAAAUACUCAAACAUUUUAGUAACAUUUCAAUAAGUGAAAUUGUGGGCAUGAGAGCUCCAUAUUUAAAACCUGGAAGAAAUACUCAAUAUAAAGUACUGGAAGACUUUGGAUAUAUAUAUGAUAGUAGUAUCGGAAUUUCUCCAUUGAAAGUACCAAUUUGGCCAUACACGCUUGAUUACAAAAUUCCACAUGAAUGCAAAGCAGGCACAUGUCCUACUAAAUCUUUUCCAGGUGUAUGGGAACUGCCUUUAAAUGCACAUUAUGUUGAAAGCUAUGAAGGAGGUCAUUGCCCUUACUUAGAUCAGUGUGUACUUCACAAUCACGAUCCUGAGGAAGUAUUUGAAUGGUUACAAGAAGACUUCAAUCGUUAUUAUGAACAAAAUAGAGCUCCGUAUAUGAUGCCUUUUCACACUAAUUGGUUUCAAAUAAAGGAACUUGAAAGAGGUUUAUCAAAGUUCCUUGAUUGGGCAGUCACAUUACCUGAUGUAUACUUUGUAACAGCUACACAAGCACUUACAUGGAUAACUGAUCCAAAACCGACAAAGUCUCUGAACAAUUUUGAAGGGUGGUCAUGUAAAAGGAAAGAAAAUAUUCCUGGGCCACCAUGUAAUAAUCCAAACAAAUGUGCUUUAGAUUUCAAACCUACAGAAUCUAAUUUUACUACUACAAGAUACCUAGAAACAUGCAGAGAAUGUCCCAAUAAAUAUCCCUGGUUAGGAGAUUCGAAGGGAACUGGAUUAUACAAUGAUAAUUAUAAUCCUGAAAGGAAAUAGAAAUUUUUAUAAAUUAGACAGAUUAUUAGACAGGGUUUAAUCAAUUUUCGUUUGUUGUUGUUUAAAUGAAUGAUAUAUAUAAAAAUAAAUUUAAAAACCUUUCAUUCGUUAAAAUUGAAAAGUUAA